UCUUUAUUCGUCGGAUAAAUUCUCGUCGAAUGAAAUUAUUUAUUCGAUACUUGUCGAAUAAGAAUACUUUUUGCGUAUCUUUUAUUCGUUAUUCGAAAUUUGUAUCUAGAUAAACAUUUUGCCCAACUCUGGUUAUGUAAUCUUCUCGCGAACGCUCUAUGCCUGCAUACAUGCGUCUGCAUUCCGAAAUAUCAGCCAAUACGUACGAAAUACAUAGGCGGCAGUUACUUCGUAACAGCCUUUUAUAUUCUGUGAUUACCGCGUGCAUUAAAGUGAUAAGAUGAUCAGUCGAUAGGCAGUCGAUAGGCAGUCGAUAGUCGAUAACAUAACAGAUUACGUGCGAUGGAUGUUUAAAAUGGAUGGCAGUGUAUGAGGUUAUAAAGAUUUUAUAAUUAUUUAGCGGUAGAUACAGGUAAAAUGACUACAGUCACGCAAGAGGACAAUGAACUGAAGAAGUUGUUAGGCAACCCCGCGAAAAAUGUCAACGAGGAAGGAUCAAUGGCCCCACCGCAAACGGCAAACGUUCCUCGGCCGAGCACGUCGCACAAUGCGAAUCUUCAAUCGAUGAUAAAUCCGAUGACACCGGCUAGUAGUACAAAAGAAGUGAUAGAACCUUGUUUGCAGAACGUAGUGUCGACUGUCAAUUUAGGUAUAGAAUUAGCACUUAUGUAUAUUAACACUAGAACUAGAAAUUCCGAAUACAAUCCGGCAAGAUUUACCGGAUUGAUUAUGAGAAUACGGAAUCCUAGGGCCACCGCGCUAAUUUUUCAUUCUGGAAAAUUAGUGUGUACAGGAGCCAGAUGCGAAGAAGACUCUUAUUUAGCAACGAGAAAGUUUGCUAGAAUAAUUCAGAAACUAGGAUUUCAAAUAAAAUUUUAUAAUUUUAAAAUACAAAAUAUAGUUGCCACUUGCGAUUUGAAAUUUCCAAUUAAACUGGAGAACUUGAACCAUAUACACGGUCAGUUUUCUAGCUACGAACCUGAACUUUAUCCUGGUCUUAUAUACAGAAUGGUAUCGCCAAGAGUCGUGUUACUUAUAUUUGUGAACGGAAAGAUUGUGUUAACAGGUUUCUUAAAAUAUGUUCCAGGAGCAAAGAAUCGAACUGAAUUACAAGACGCGUUAAACAAUAUAUAUCCGAUAUUGAAAAGUUUCAGGAAACAGUAAUAUAUUAUCGUAGCUUUUUAAUACUCUUUUCCAUGUUUGCAGCGGUUAUUAUUUUGUCAGAAAUCGUUUAGUUUUUAUAUAAAAGUGUCUUCCGUACAUGGUAGACGAAGAAAAUGCAAUUAAUUUAAUAUUAUAAGUAUAGCAUUAAAUGUCUUAUACGUAUAGAAUAGUAUGUAAGGAAAUAAGUACAAAUUACUGUUUCAAAAUGUGUAUGUAUUUACGAAUACUAUAAACAAUAAAAAUAGUAAUCGAUAUUUUAUUAUCGUAUGAAAAUAAAAA